UCUCUCUCUCUCUCUCUCUCGCUCUCUCGUGUUGGUGUGCUUGUUGAGGCUUUGUUUUAUGUGACUGUUCUUGCUGGGUUUCUACUAUGUGUAAAUGGGCAGCACCUGUUAACGUAGUUGUAGGUUCUCAUGUCUGGGUUGAAGAUCCAGUUGUAGCAUGGAUAGAUGGAGAAGUUACUCGGAUCAAUGGCCAUGAGGUUCUUGUCAACACCGCCAAUGGAAAAACAGUCACAAAGAUAUCAAAAGUGUUUCCAAAGGAUAGUGAAGCUCCUCCUGGAGGUGUAGAUGACAUGACGAAGCUUUCCUAUUUGCAUGAACCUGGAGUGCUGCAGAAUCUGGCUGCUAGAUAUGAACUCAAUGAAAUCUAUACAUACACAGGCAAUAUCCUGAUAGCAGUUAAUCCAUUUCAACGAUUGCCUCAUCUAUAUGACACGCACAUGAUGGAACAAUACAAAGGAGCUGCUCUUGGGGAGCUAAGUCCUCAUGUUUUUGCAGUUGCAGAUGUUGCAUACAGGGCGAUGAUUAACGAAAGAAAAAGCAAUUCGAUUUUGGUUAGUGGAGAAAGUGGUGCUGGUAAAACUGAGACAACAAAGAUGCUCAUGAGAUAUCUUGCGUACUUAGGUGGGCGAUCUGGAGUAGAAGGACGGACAGUUGAACAACAAGUUUUGGAGUCCAACCCAGUUCUUGAAGCCUUUGGCAAUGCGAAAACAAUUAGGAACAACAACUCAAGUCGUUUUGGUAAAUUCGUUGAAAUCCAAUUCGACAAGAAUGGGGGGAUAUCUGGGGCAGCAAUCAAAACUUAUCUGCUUGAAAGGUCUCGUGUUUGCCAAAUUUCCAAUCCAGAAAGAAACUACCAUUGCUUUUACCUCCUUUGUGCUGCACCACCUGAGGAUGUUGCGAGAUAUAAGUUGGGGAGCCCGAAAUCUUUCCAUUAUUUAAACCAAUCAACUUGUUAUGAGCUGGAUGGUGUAAAUGAUGCUCAUGAAUAUCUUGCAACCAGAAGGGCCAUGGAAAUAGUUGGAAUUAGUGAGCAAGAACAGGAGGCAAUAUUCAGGGUUGUAGCAGCAAUUCUUCACCUUGGUAAUAUUGAUUUUGCAAAAGGGAAGGAAAUAGAUUCCUCAGUCAUUAAGGAUGAGAAGUCUAGAUUUCAUCUUAAUAUGACAGCAGAACUUCUUAGAUGUGAUGCCCAGAGCUUGGAAUAUGCGCUAAUUAAACGUGUAAUGGUGACACCUGAAGAAGUUAUUACAAGAACUCUUGACCCUGAUAAUGCAAUUGCUAGCAGAGAUGCAUUAGCCAAGACGAUAUAUUCUCACUUAUUUGACUGGAUUGUGGAAAAAAUUAACAUUUCGAUUGGACAGGAUCCGAACUCAAAGUCAAUAAUUGGAGUUCUUGAUAUAUAUGGAUUUGAAAGUUUUAAGUGCAAUAGCUUUGAGCAGUUCUGCAUCAAUUUCACAAAUGAAAAACUACAACAACAUUUCAAUCAGCAUGUGUUUAAAAUGGAGCAGGAAGAGUAUACCAAAGAAGAGAUAAGUUGGAGCUACAUUGAGUUCAUUGAUAACCAAGAUGUGCUUGAUUUGAUUGAAAAGAAACCUGGAGGAAUUAUUGCACUACUUGAUGAAGCCUGCAUGUUUCCUAAGUCUACACAUGAGACAUUUGCACACAAGUUGUACCAGAUAUUCAAAACACACAAGCGUUUUAUCAAACCAAAGCUUUCUCGCACUGAUUUUACCAUAUCACACUACGCGGGGGAGGUAAGUUAUCAAGCUGAUCAGUUUCUGGACAAGAACAAAGAUUAUGUGGUAGCUGAACAUCAAGCUUUAUUGACUGCCUCAAAGUGCUCCUUUGUGGUGGGUCUGUUUCCCCCACUUCCAGAAGAAUCAUCAAAGUCAUCCAAAUUUGCUUCCAUCGGAUCACGCUUCAAGCUACAACUUCAAUCUUUGAUGGAGACCUUGAGCGCAACUGAACCUCACUACAUCAGAUGUGUGAAGCCAAAUGAUGCCCUGAAACCUGCUAUUUUUGAGAAUUUUAAUAUUCUUCAACAAUUACGCUGUGGUGGUGUUCUUGAGGCAAUUAGGAUAAGUUGUGCUGGAUAUCCUACUAGGCGUACAUUUUAUGAGUUUCUUAAUCGUUUUGGUGUUCUGGCUCCAGAAAUUCUGGAAGGAAAUUAUGAUGAUAAAGUUGCUUGCCAAAUGAUUCUUGAUAAAAAGGGAUUGAAAGGAUAUCAGAUAGGCAAGACCAAGGUUUUCCUAAGAGUGGGUCAGAUGGCUGAGUUGGAUGCUAGAAGAGCAGAGAUACUUGGAAAUGCUGCUAGAACCAUCCAACGGCAAAUUCGUACAUACGUUACUCGUAAAGAGUUCAUCUCAUUGCGCCAAGCUGCUAUUUGCUUACAAUCUCACUUGCAAGGUAUAAUGGCCCGCAAACUGUAUCUGCAGUUGAGACGGGAAGCUGCAGCCCUGAAGUUUCAGAAGAACUUCAGGCGAUACAGUGCCAGGAAAUCCUACCUAAUAGUACUGUCAGCUGCAACCAUGUUGCAGACAGGCUUAAGGGCAAUGACAGCGCGCAAUGAAUUCAGAUUACAGAAUCAAACCAAGGCCGCCAUCAUCGUCCAGGCAAAUUGGCGGUGCCACCAAGCUUAUUCCUAUUAUAAGAGUCUUCAGAAGGCAGUUAUUGUUUCUCAGUGUGGCUGGAGAUGUAGAGUUGCUGGAAGAGAGCUCAGAAAGCUCAAAAUGGCUGCAAGAGAAUCUGGGGCUCUUAAAGAAGCAAAGGACAAAUUAGAAAAGCGUGUAGAAGAACUUACAUGGCGCUUGCAAUUUGAAAAGCGAUUAAGGACUGAUCUUGAGGAGGCAAAAGCCCAAGAAGUUGCCAAGUUGCGGGAUGCAUUGCAUGCAAUGCAAGUACAAAUAGAAGAAGCAAACUCUAUGGUCAUCAAAGAACUAGAGGCAGCUGGGAAAGCUAUUGAAGAAGCACCUCCUGUCAUUAAGGAGACUCGUGUUAUAAUACAAGAUACGGAAAGGGUUGAUUUGUUGACAGCUGAAGUUGAAAGGUUUAAGGCCUUGUUGCCAUUAGAAACACGGAUGGCGGAAGAGGCGAAGCAGGCUUAUGCUGUUGAGCAAGCCAAAAAUAGGGAAUUGACUAGGAAGCUUGAAGAUGCAGGGAAGAAAGUGGAUCAGCUUCAAGAUUCAGUGCAAAGGCUUGAAGAGAAGCUCUCUAAUUUAGAAUCGGAGAAUCAAGUACUUCGCCAACAAUCCCUAGCUAUAUCACCAACUGGUAAAGCUCUAUUUGCUAGACCAAAGACAGCAAUCAUUCAGAGAACUCUGGAGAAUGGAGAUGUUCAAAAUGGAGAAAUGAGAAAAGCAUUGGAUUCAGUUGCUGCAGAACCUAACUCACGGGAAUCUGAAACUGAGGAUAAGCCACAGAAAUCUCUAAAUGAGAAGCAGCAAGAGAACCAGGACCUGCUAAUAAAGUGUACUUCACAAGAUCUAGGUUUUUCCGGGGGCAGGCCUGUUGCUGCUUGUCUAAUAUACAAAUGCCUUCUCCAUUGGAGGUCUUUUGAGGUUGAAAGAACCAACAUUUUUGACCGUAUCAUUCGAACAAUAGGCGCAGCAAUAGAGGUCCAGGAUAACAUUGACGUUUUAUCUUAUUGGUUAUCAAAUUCAUCCACGUUGCUGUCACUCCUUCAGCGCACACUGAAAGUAACUGGAGCAGCAAGCUUAACUCCGCAACGGCGAAGAUCAACAUCAACUUCUCUGUUUGGGAGGAUGUCUCAAGGGCUUCGAAUGUCUCCACAUAGUGCUGGGUUCUCAUUUCUUAAUAAUCGGAUGCUUGGUGGCCUGGAUGAACUACGGCAAGUUGAAGCCAAAUAUCCAGCUUUGCUUUUCAAGCAGCAACUCACAGCCUUCCUUGAGAAAAUAUAUGGAAUGAUAAGAGAUAAUUUAAAAAAAGAGAUCUCCCAAGUACUUGAAUUGUGUAUCAAGGCACCUAAGACAUCCCGAGCUAGUUUAGUGAAGGGACGUUCUCAAGCUAAUGCUGUGGAUCAACAAGAUUUGGUUGCUCACUGGCAAAGCAUUGUGAAAAGUCUAAAUAACUACUUGAAGAUUGUGAGGGCCAACUACGUCCCUCCAUUCCUAGUUUGCAAAGUAUUUACUCAGAUAUUUUCCUUUAUCAAUGUUCAGUUAUUUAACAGCCUUCUCUUGCGGCGUGAAUCUUGUUCAUUCAGCAAUGGGGAAUACGUGAAGGCAGGGCUGGCUGAGUUGGAACAGUGGUGUCAUGAUGCAACAGAGGAGUUUGUAGGUUCGGCAUGGGAUGAGCUGAAGCACAUCAGACAAGCAGUUGGCUUCCUGGUCAUACAUCAGAAGCCAAAAAAGUCCUUAAACGAAAUAACAAAUGAUCUUUGUCCAGUGCUUAGCAUACAGCAAUUGUACAGGAUCAGCACAAUGUACUGGGAUGACAAAUAUGGUACACACAGUGUAUCUACAGAUGUUAUUUCGCGUAUGAGAAUUAUGAUGACUGAGGACUCAAACAAUGCUGCCAGCAGUUCUUUCUUAUUGGAUGAUGACGACUCAAGCAUUCCAUUUUCUGUGGAUGACAUUUCCAAGUCAAUGCAACAAAUAGAAAUUGCUGAUAUUGAUCCUCCACCUCUUAUUCGCGAAAACUCAGGCUUUACAUUCUUAUUACAACGCUCAGAAUGAUAUCAAAUAGUCUUUUCUCUCCCCUGGCAUUACUCCUUGCACCUCCAAGAGCCAAUGUGUAGUUAUAUUAAUCAAUUUUUUCACCCAGGCUAUAAUUUACUCUGUCUGGGCCAAUUCUUUUAUUUAUUGAUGUAGCUGGCGCUGGGUAUUUGGUCUAGUCUUCUUUACUAGUUACACUACAGUAGGCUUCUUUUUGUUAUUUGUUGGCCUUUUAGUUUUGUAAUAAGUUUAUCCUUAUGUGAGUUGUCUUCUACUCCGAGUUGUAAUUUUUUAUA